UAAAAGUAUAACCUGAAAUGGAUGCCGCCAUGAUGGAAACAUCCCUAUCAAUCCCACUGCCCCCUGCGGUUGAAAGGGCGCUGCAAGAGGCGCAUUGCCUCAUGGGAGAUGUAGUCGUCUUCUUUCGCUGUUUAGCAAACAACAUGGAAGCCGCCGUCAGAAGCACGCGUGGUUGCGACUCGGAACAGGACAGCGACUCGGAUAAUGACUUUGAAACUUCACAGUUAGGAACGAAGGAAUAUUGGGAAGAUGCAUACCAAAAAGAGUUGGAAACAUUCAAAGACAUUGGGGACGUUGGUGAGAUAUGGUUUGGUGAGGAAAGCAUGAACCGUGUGCUAAGAUGGAUGGACAAUGCUAAAAUUCCGGAAGACGCUGCCAUUUUGGACAUUGGUACAGGAAAUGGAGCCUUUUUAGUUGAGAUGGCGAAACACGGAUACAAGAAUUUAACGGGAAUCGAUUAUUCCCCGGCCUCCGUGGAACUGGCAAAAAGUGUUCUCCAGGCAGAGGGCUUGACACAUGUCGAUGUUAAGGAGCUGGACUUCUGCCACGGUGGACUCGAGGGUUACGACCUGUGCGUAGACAAAGGGACUUUUGACGCCAUCAGCCUGAAUCCUGACAAUACUGGCGGGGUGAAAAGACUUUACGUGCAAGCUUUAAAAGCCUCGCUGAAGGAUCAAGGCCUCUUCUCGAUUACGUCCUGCAACUGGACAAAAGAGCAGCUGCUUGAGCGAUUCAAAGAAGGAUUUGAAUUUGUACAGGAGUUACCCACGCCCACUUUCCAGUUUGGAGGCAAGAAGGGAAACAGCGUGACUGCAUUGAUAUUCAAACGAAUACGGUGACACAAGCGACAGUGGUUUUUGGACACUGCUUUUGUAUGUAUAUGUGCAUUUUUUUUAUUUCUUAAAGGACCCUCUUUAUUAUGCUUUUCAUCGAAUAGGAAGAAACACUUUCUGGUUUAGUUUGCUUUCAUUACAUUAAAAAAAAUGGGAAAUGACACUACAUGAUGCUUCAUAAUGCAGCACGGCUACUUUCCGGCCUGCUACUGAUUUCCUUUUGCGUGUGCCCUCAAUGUCCAAAACAGUGACUGACUUCAAAGCCAAAUUGGCACCCAGUUCCCCAUUUGUACUUGAAUACAUCCCCUAAAAGUGAUGUUUACUCUUGCGGGUAUCUCGCCUUCAAAGUCUGUUCUGUCUGUUUUGUUGUUCACAAAAUGUGUCGUGCUAAAUAAUGCGCUCCAAUAUAGAAGGCAUAAUAUGUUAAAAUACAUAACAAUAACAGAUUGAUGAAAAGCAACAGAAUUGUGCCAGGAAUGGGCAUGAAGAAAAAUGAUUUUAACUUGAAGUGUGGGCUCAAUACUUGACACAAAUGACUUCAUUGAGCAUAGUUUCUUUUCUUCUGAAGCUAAAAUAAACCAUCCAGACAAGAAAUCAGAGCGUGAAAGAGUGUGUUCUACUGUAUCCUUAUUAUUUUCAUAUCGCCAGGUUGAGAAAAAUCCCCAUGUCUUUUUUUCCCCCCCAAUAUCAUGCACAGUAAAACUCAUUCCUAAAACAUGUACCCCAAGUCCUCAAGCCACUCGUUUGGUCACCAUUGUUCAUAAAAAUAGGCGCCGAAUCACGCUCACGUCCGAUGACGAUUGUUUUGAUCAUGUCCAAAUGUUUUCACAUGGAACCUCUUACCGCUGAUGAGCACUUGGCCCGCUGAAGAGAUGCUGGUUUGGAAUCAAGAGAAAGAUUCCCAUGUCAUGCUUUUCACUUGUCAAAGUAGCCCACGCGCAAACACGCACCCUGGCUUUCGUUGCUCAAUUUCUCAUCUGUUGGUAUUUGUGGGGGUAUCGUGAAGCCAAACUCUGAUUUGACUGCGACUGACCCGCAGGACAAAAUGUGUUUCCUGUUACAAUAACCUCAAGAAGAAAAUC